UUUGGCUCGGAAGUUAGAUGUGAUCACCGGGAGUCGCGACCAGCGCAGGAGGUGUGAUCAAUGAGCUUCUGGGGGUGCCUGCUAAAACCAGGAGGCAAGUUCCAAGUGAAGGAGAACUCGGGAGGCGAUGUGCUUCACCUCUCCCAGGCCUGCUUAAGCCAGCCGCAGGCGGGGAAGAACUUCCUCCAAGUGAUUGAAGGUGACAAGACCUAUAGCAUCGCGUGCUUGCAGAAGGACAAGAGCGAAUUUGCCUCCUUCGAUCUCUUCUUUCGGACGGGCACGUGCACCUUCCACAACAAGGGCGCCAGCGAGAUGCAUUUGACCGGCUAUUUUGAGCCUGAUGGGAUGCCGGAUGACCUGGAAGACGAAGAAUCGGAAGAGGAGGAGGAAGAGGAAGAGGAAAUGGCUCCACCUCCCAAGAAGUCCAAAAAGAAGUGAGCGGUCAAAAGCCGCCUUCGGCAGAUGGACCAAGUGUGAUCGACAGCACCUGCACGGUUGCACCAAACGUCCUGCAGCCACACCUAGCCACCCCAAAG